AUGGGUUAUAUAUGUGACUUCUGUGGAGAUCAGAGGUCCAUGGUGUACUGCCGUUCUGAUGCUGCAUGUCUAUGUUUGUCAUGUGAUCGGAAUGUUCAUUCUGCUAAUGCUCUUUCUAAGCGCCAUUCUAGAAACCUUUUAUGUGAGAGAUGUAAUGCACAACCUGCUCAUGUACGGUGUUCUGAAGAGAGGAUUACGCUAUGUCAGAACUGUGAUUGGUUAGGUCAUGGUCCCACUACAUCUUAUUCAACACAUAAGAGGCCAACGGUCAAUUGCUACUCUGGCUGUCCUUCAGCAGAAGAAUUUUCUUCAAUAUGGCCAUUUGUCUUGGAUAUCCCCUCUAUGCGUGAAACUACCUGUGAGCAGGAACUAGGUUUGAUGACCAUUAAUGAGAACAGCAACAAGAGUGCCUGUGUUCCUCCAGAAAGCCAGAAUUUAUCUGGUUCUGCUCAAGUAACUGAUUUGCAAAGCUUUGACAAGUCUUGGGUUGGUGCCUCUGCCAUACCUGAGUCAAGCUCAGAACGUCGUAUUCUAGGCCCAUCAACUGGACCUACCAAGGAGUGUUUGCCCAAGUUAUAUUGUCCCAGUACAAAAGAUCCUGUGCCAUAUGAAAAUGAAGAUGAUGAUUUGUAUGGUGAUUUUGACAUGGAUGAAGUGGAUCUGAGUCUCGAGAACUAUGAGGAACUUUUUGGUAUGACUAUUAGUCAUUCUGAAGAACUCUUUGAAAAUGGUGGAAUUGAUAGCUUGUUUGGGACAAAGGAUGCGUCUGCUGCUGAUUCCAAUUGUCAGGGAUCUAUUGCUGUUGAGGGUUCAUCGGCUGGACUGGUCAAUGCGGUGCAACCAGCAUACAGCAAUGCAGCAUCUGCAGAUUCUACUGUGAGCGCCAAAACUGAACCGAUUCUUUGUUUUGCGGGGAAGCAAGGGCAAUCGAAUCUCUCUUUUUCUGGGGUCAAUGGAGAGAGUGGUGCUGGAGAUUAUCAAGACUGUGGUGCCUCUUCAAUGCUUCUCAUGGGGGAGCCUCCUUGGUGUCCUCCUUGUUCUGAGAAUUCAGUACAAUCUGCCAACCGCAGCGAUGCUGUCAUGCGUUAUAAGGAAAAGAAGAAGACACGCAAGUUUGACAAGAAAGUGAGGUAUGCCUCUCGCAAGGCUAGAGCCGAUGUCCGAAAGCGCGUGAAGGGCCGGUUUGUCAAAGCUGGGGAAGCUUAUGAUUAUGACCCUUUGAGCCCAACCAGAAGCUACUGAGUGUACAACUUUUAACUAUCCUCUAUAAAAGGACCUAGACUUCUCUUCGAGGGAAAAAAGGAACAUAAACGAGGUGGUCCGAUGCUUCCAGACAUGUAAGCUCCGGAGCGGACUCGGUGACUGUUCUUCACUCUUGAAGGGUAUGCAAGAUGUAAUGUGAACUCACAAUAUCAUAUGCACUGCACACCUCAUAGGCAAUAGGUUCUUAUUGCCUCUCUGUUUUAACUCCACAAAUCACGCCAAAAAAAAGCAAAAAAGAAUCCUCCUUCUUCAGCCUUAGUCACCCCCCGGGUUUGUCGACACAUUCUAUUUCUAUUCUUCUCUGGUGUAGUCAUAAUGUUAUAGACAAGCCUGCCUGUGGCAUUAUACUAUAAGUAGCUCUACUUGGUAGUUGUAGACAAGCUACAAGGUUGUAAGUUGUAAUGUUAUUUUUGGUUCCUUUUUUUGCUUUGAUCUGUACAGCAGAUUAUGCAGUUGAGGUAUAAUUGCAGAACAGGGGCUGGGGUUGGAGAAACUGUAAAUUCAGUGGACAUGUAUAGAGUAGGAUGAGAUGCUACAUCAUAUGCUUAUAACAUGGAACAUGGAACAGUCUACAGAAGACUUGUACUGAAUAACUAAUAAAUAUGGGAAUAAUCUACAUUAUUUAUGACUUUUAAA